AGAAACUUGUCUUGGGGAUUAAUAGGAGGCAGGAGGAGGGAGAGGUGCACACAGGAAAACACCCGGACCAUGAAGGCGGCCCUCGCGUUCCUUCUCCCACUGGUGCUCGCGCUGGUGCCGGCGGGCAGCGGGCAGCGGCGGAAACCCCCGCGCAGGCCCACGCGGCCGCCCGCGCCCUUCGAGGAGCCGGCGGAGCCCACGGAGCUGCCCCCUCCCCUCCCUCCGGGCCCGCCGUCCGUCUUCCCCGACUGCCCGCGGGAAUGCUACUGCCCGCCCGACUUCCCGUCGGCGCUGUACUGCGACAGCCGCAACCUGCGCACGGUGCCGGUGAUCCCGCCGCGCAUCCACUACCUGUACCUGCAGAACAACUUCAUCGCCGACCUGCCCGAGGAGUCCUUCCGCAACGCCACCGGCCUCAAAUGGGUCAACCUGGACAACAACCGCAUCCGCAAGGUGGACAGGAAGGUGCUGGAGAAGCUGGAAAACCUCAUCUUCCUCUACAUGGAGAGGAACCAGCUGAAGGAGGUGCCCGCCUUCCUGCCGCCCAACCUGGAGCAGCUGCGGCUCAGCAGGAACCAGAUCUCCAAGAUCCCCGCCGGCGUCUUCAACAAGCUGGAGAACCUGGUGCUGCUGGACCUGCACCACAACAAGCUGAGCGACGGCGUCUUCAACAAGAACACCUUCAAGGGGCUCAAGAACCUCAUGCAGCUCAACCUGGCCCACAACAUCCUGAGGAAGAUGCCCCCCGGCGUGCCCAGCGCCAUCCACCAGCUCUUCCUGGACAGGAACAACAUUGAGGACAUCCCCAGCGAUUAUUUCAAGGAGUUUCCCAACCUGGCUUUCAUCCGGCUCAACUACAACCAGAUCUCGGACAAGGGGCUGCCCAAAAAUUCCUUCAACCUCACCAACCUGCUGGUGCUGCACCUGGCCCACAACAAGCUCACCAACGUGCCCUUCAUCAGCCCCAAGCUGGAGCACCUCUACCUGAACAACAACUCCAUCGAGAAAAUCAACGGCACGCAGAUCUGCCCCACCUCGCUGGUGUCCAUCCAGGAUUUCUCGCCCUCCGACCUGGACAGCGUCCCCCGGCUCCGCUACCUGCGGCUGGACGGGAACCUCCUGAAGCCGCCCAUCCCUCUGGACCUGAUGCUGUGUUUCCGCCUGCUGCAGUCCGUGGUGUUUUAGCCCUGCCCCGCCUCUCCCAGGCCCGGCUUUGCUCGGACGUUUCACCCCCGACACGUGGGACCCUCUCUCCUCCCUCUGCCCCUGCUCACUCCCCGCCUCCAUCCUCCUCCUCUCCCCCGUCCGCCCCUUUUCCUGCCCUGCAGGGACGCUGGUGGCUCCCUGGGGACCGCUCGGUGCAGGACAGCGCCGUGUCCCGCCUGCCACCGCAGGUCACAGCUCCCUGUCCUUGUCCCCCAGGCCCAGCCCGGAGCCGGCUCCGUCUCUCCCUCGGGGGUUGGGGCCGGUCCGGGUGGAGCUGCUGGGCUCGGGCGUGUCCCUGCUCCUGGGGAGCCAUUCCCGCUGGAUUUUGGAGCGGGGAUGGGAUGGAGUUGAGAGCGGUGGGAUCCGUGGAAGGGGAGGGAGGAUGGACAAUCAGGCCAUCCCAGGGGAUGGGGACACUCCUGUCACCCUUCUGGAGAGCUUUGGCUCCACAUUUCUCUGCAGGAGGAGGAUCCAAAUCCCUCCUGGAGCUGUGGAUCUGCCGGGAUGGAGCAGGGAGGGGCACACCUUCCACACCCCCUGGGCAAGAGCAGACCCUGCCUGGCUUCAAAUGCCCCAUCCCAGCACCGAUCCAUGGGGCCACAGCCCCAUCCCAAAAUCCUGCAUAAUUCCCUGUAAAAUCUGAGGAUGCAGGGCCACAUCUGUGGGGCCACAGCCCCAUCCCAAAAUCCUGCACCCUUCCCUCCGAGAUCUGAGGAUUCAGGGCCACAUCCACGGCUCAGUUUCUCUCCGGAGCCAAUGACACAUGGCUGAGUUUUGCCUUUUUUUUUAUUAGAAAUAAAAGGAAGGGAGAAGAAAAGGGAAGAAUCAUCCUUUGGAAGGGCUAUUUUUAUCCCUGCUCUUCCCCAUCCUCACAUGUAUCGCUUCCCCCCCCCUUAGCUGUACCUGCAUUUAUAGGGUGUCCGGGUUUAGGGGGGAUUAUUCUCUUCUUUUCUUCCUGAGUCUCAGGAUUUGGAUUUAAAGGCCGAGCAUUAGAGAGGAAAAAAAAAAAAAAAAUCAAAAUCCAACUGCAACGAGCAUUAAAUAAACCAAAGAAAGCUCCUUUGUGUCCAGCCAGCAGAACUGACCCUUCCCGGGAUGGCCACGGACGGGCACCGUGUCCUAAUCCCUGCAGCUGGCACAGGGAUGCUCCCCUUUCUCCAUUAAUUAAAACCUCGUGCUAAUUAAGGAGGGUUUUUUCCUGAUGAUCAAAUCUCCCUUCCAGCUCUCCCUGCAGUUGGGUGGGACAGGUUUCAGCCCUAAACCCGGACGGAGCCCCCUGGAUUUAUAUAUAUUUAUAUCUGAUGUGUAUAUAGACUGGUAGAAUGUACAGAUGUUCCUAACGCCACGUGUACCUCCCGACCCGGCAACUUUAUGGGAUUUUCACUCCCACUCCCCGCAGCAGUGGAAAUAAAAUCAUUCACAAGGGACCCUGAGCCUCUCCCUGAUCC